UCGAUCCAAGAUUCCUACAUAUAAUUAUUGCAAACCCUCAAAUUUUGUGUCCAAAAAUGGAGGAGGAGUCGAGUGCCUGUAGAGCUCAUUGUUUAAUCUUAGCCUAUCCAACUCAAGGACACAUUAAUCCUAUGGUGGAAUUCUCCAAGCGUUUGAAGCACAGAGGAGUAGAAGUUACACUGGUUACCACCUACUUCAUCUCCAAGGACAUACAAAAAGAAGUAAGCUCCAUUGCGCUCGAGACCAUCUCCGAUGGCUAUGACGAAGGAGGGAUAGCGCGAGCCGAGAACGUCCAGGUUUAUUUGGAGCGCUUUUCGCAAGUCGGUUCGCAAACCCUGACCGAGCUCCUCGAGAAACUUUCUAUCUCAGGCUGCCCGGUUGACUGUAUCGUUUAUGAUGCUUUCUUGCCUUGGGCUCUAGACGUAGCCAAAAAAUUUGGGUUAUUCGGGGCUGCGUUUUUCACUCAAUCUUGUGCCGUUGAUAUUACAUACUACCAUGUUCACAAAGGAGAGCUGAAACUCCCUCUUUCAGAGCCAGAAAUUUUGCAGCUUCCUGGUUUGCCACCUCUUGAACCUCAGGACCUGCCGUCCUUCAUUUAUAAAUUAGGAUCGUACCCAGGUUGCUUGGAGAUGUUUGUGGGGCAAUUUUCAAAUGUUGAGAAAGCUGACUCGAUCCUUUGCAACACCAUUUAUGAGCUGGAGCAAGAGGCUGUGGAUUGGAUGUCCAAGAUAUGGCCAAUGAGGACUGUGGGACCAACUAUUCCAUCUAUGUUCUUAGACAAGCGGCUUGAAGAUGACAAAGACUAUGGUUUCAGCAUCUUCAAACCAAACACCGAUGCUUGCCUGAAAUGGCUAAAUGAUCGUCCAAAAGGGUCGGUUGUUUAUGUUUCUUUCGGGAGUUUGGCCGCUCUUGAAGCUGAGCAAAUGCAAGAACUAGCUUGGGGUUUGAGGAUGAGCAACAGCUAUUUCUUGUGGGUGGUCAGGGCCUCAGAAGAGGCAAAGCUCCCCAAAAACUUUGUGGAGGAGACGUCGGAGAAGGGAUUUGUGGUUCACUGGUGUCCUCAGUUAGAGGUCUUAGAACACGAGGCAGUGGGAUGCUUUGUGACACACUGUGGGUGGAACUCUACGUUGGAGGCCCUGAGCUUAGGUGUUCCAAUGGUGGCAAUGCCACAAUGGACAGACCAAAGCACGAAUGCAAAGUUUAUUAUGGAUUUUUGGAAGAUGGGACUUAAAGCUCCGGUUGAUGAGAAAGGUUUAGUUAGGCGAGAAGCAGCAGAGCAUUGCAUAAGGGAAAUAAUGGAGGGGGAGAGAGGGAAAGAGAUAAAGAAAAAUGCCUUCAAAUGGAGGAAAUUAGCAAAAGAGGCUGUUGACAUAGGUGGAAGUUCUGACAAAAACAUUGAAGAAUUUGUAGCUAUAUUGGUUCGGUCCUAAGUUGCGGUCUGUUCGGACCAGUCUAAACAGGAAUGUAAUGUUUUUGUUGAUUACAUAAUUGCUCAAAACCUGUCUUUAGCUGUUGUCGUGUUCAAAUUAUAUAUUCCACUUUGAUGCACGCCUGUUUGUUGGUUGACAAGCUUCCAUCAGCUGAUAUUUGGACAAAUUAAAGAAGAAAAUUGCAUCGAGCUUUUAGUUUGUCCUUUGGAGACUGAAAGUAGACCUGUAUAUUCAUUGGUCUUAAGAAAUAUCCUGAAUACAGAGGCCUAUUUAAAGAACAAAUGAGCGCUGCACCAGGUUGGGCACACCAACAAGCAGGUGGUGUGCUUUAGUGCUUCUAGACCCAGCUAGGGAUCGUUACAACAGAAAAGACUCCUUUAUACAAUUCACAAAAAAGGUGAAAACAGAAUUACAGAGAAGCUACUCUAGAGCCUUGCGUGGAGCUGACUUGGAGGCAGUAGCAAUCAUCCUAAAAGUGGCUCCCCGAAGUCCCAUCACUGUGAGUGAGUGAGUGAGUCACAAAAGGAAUCAAUGGUAAGUGGAUUUGGAGGUCCAUCCCAACCACUUUUGAUAGCAACGCAUCACUUUUGGCGUUAUGCAUCAAACAGGACCAUUAUUUUUGUGAUUCCAUUAUGUACAUCUCCUUUCUCAAUGUGGAAUCGCAUUCACUAUCCUUGUACAAGAAUGAGAGUGAUAAAAAUCACCUUUGAAUUUCUAUCUUGUACCUAUUCAUUUAUGGGUGGAUUGAAUUCCAACGUCCAGAAUCCACGACAUAAAUAAUUGCGUGCAGAAACAUUAGGCAACGUUUGGUUUGGUCCAGACCUGUAGAUUUCUCUUUCAAAAAAAUAAAAAUCCUUUGGAUGGA